AGGUCCUAGCAUUAACUGUUUUUGUCAGCGUCACUAACCAUGAAUGAGAAGAAUAAAGACAGGAAGCAGAUGGCUGAGCGGUUCCUAAACUACGCCCUGGAUAUAAUCUUCUUGUUGACUGGGGAGGAAUACACAGUUGUGAAGAAGAAUUCCUUCUCCAGCAGGGGGGGAGAGGUGCCUAUAAAGUGCGAUGAUAUUGCCAUCUAUUUCUCUAUGGAGGAGUGGGAGUAUAUCGAGGGGCACAAGGAGGUCUACAAGGACGUCAUGAUGCAGACUAAGGAGACAUUCAAAGCUCUAGGACAUUGUGAUGAAAAGAACAGGGAUGUUUCAGUGCAUGAAGGAGGUGGUUGUAAAGAGAGGCAGGAUUCUGUAGAAGCGGAAACCCGCUCACCUGAUAUAGUAGGUGAUGGUAAACCUCUUGUUUUAAAUUCUGAACAAACAGAAGAUCGCUGUAGUGAGAUUCAACUGGAAGAUCCAAGACAAGAAAUCUGUGACAAAGAUGAAGAUAAUGAUUGUGUCGGCGGUCAACAAGCAGAUCAAGACGAUCUUGCGACUGAAAUCAGUGACAGAAUCAGAGGCAAAGAUAAUGAUUGUGUCAUAUUAGCUAUGGAACAUGGAGAGGAUCUCAGUGUAAGAUGUCACCAAAAACCGCCUGACCACGAAAUAUGUGACUCUAUAAGCAAAGAUGAAAUUAAUUCUGACGUAAUUCUGAUUGAUGAUGAUGACACAGAAGAUGUUAGUGACCAAGUUGAGGAGCAGCAAAUCUGUGGCAAUAUAAUCGCAAGAUAUAACAAUGACAAUCCAAAUAAUUUAUCAAUGUUUGAGGAAGAAGAAGAAGAAGAACACCAACAGUACAGUGAAGACAUUAACCAGUUGGGAACCCAUGAAGGCCUUGGUGCAGGACAUCAUAACGAUAAUCUAGACACUGUAUCUGUAGAUGAGGAACAAGGGCAUGAAAUGUACAGAGAUGAUCCGCAGGUGGGAACUCAACAAGACCGCGGUGUAGAUUGUUUCCCAACAGAUGGAACACAUAAUUUCCCUUUAAAUUCAUCUGAUUUUGUGAAUGAAGAUUAUAGCGGAUCUCGAGGUUAUCGCCAAUGGCUAUAUAAUUGUUCCCAGUGUCAUAAAUGUUUUUCUUUUUGCUCUGAUCUCGUAAAACAUCAGAAAACCCACAAAGGGCUGAUCUGCCCUACAUGUGGAAAACAAUUCUCUUUCAGAUCAAAACUGCUCAGACAUCAGAGAAUUCACACAGGGGAGAAACCGUUUGUAUGUUUGGAAUGUGGCAAAAGUUUUGGGCAGAAACCCCACUUGACUAUACACCAAAGGGUCCAUACCGGAGAGAAACCCUAUAAAUGUACUGAAUGCGGAAAAUGUUUCAGUUCUAGUUCAGUUCUUGCUACCCACAAGAGAGUUCACACGGGAGAGAAACCAUUUACAUGCAAUGAAUGUGGCAAACAGUUUAGCUGUAACUCUAACUAUACUGCACACAAAAGGACUCACUUGAGAGAGAAUGUUUACGUGUUUUAAGGUGGGAACAUUUUCAAACAAAAAAAACUCUUAUUAUGAAACUCUUGAUCAUCAGCCAGUGGCCUGGGUUCUAAUCAGUUUGGAUUCACAUGCAAGGACACCAUAUUGAAGCUUU